CUGUCAGAGACACUCUUUCCUGAUCACAUCUGAAACCUACAGCCUUAAAAAAUAAACAGGACGCGCGGUCACGAGAAUGUUUAGCAGAAGGCUGCUUAUCAUCGUCUGUCUUCAUCUCUGUGCAGGCAUUGGACAAAAUGAAGCGUGUGAACUGGCUGAAUGUUUCAACUGUUCUCAACCUCUAGCCCAAGCAUGUCCACUGUGCCAGUCCACGUCAAAUACCUGCACCAAUGAUAUUCUGCCAAAUUGCACGAAAAAAGAUUUUAAUGUGACCAUAAAACCCACUUCCACUAAAGUUCAAGAGGGUGUGACCGUGAUUCUUAACUGCACUCAUAACGUUCCCAAUGGCUCCAUUAGCUGGCUAAAGGACAAUGUAUUACAAGAAAACGAAAAUAAAGAAAUAUUUCAAAUCAAGUACAUUCUAAAAACCGCAGUGAUCAACUGCCAGGUUACAAGUAGUUGUGGGAACUACAACGAUACUAUAACAAUUGAAGUAGAAGCUGCUAAUAAUUUGGUGGUUUUACUGAUUUGUGUCGGAGCAGCAGCUGCUCUCCUCAUGCUGUUUGCAAUAGUCAUGAAGAUCGCACUCAAGAGAGGACAAGCUCAGAGUCAGGCCAGGAAAAGACAAAGACAGCAGAACCUGGAGAACAUCCACAGCUCUGUGAACACCGUCACCAGCUACUACUGAGAGAGAGCGCUUCUGCAGCCCAAGCUCCUGAUUCAGAGACCUUUCAGUUCUACACUCCAAAUAUAUUUAGACCUAAAUUUAUGAACUGCAUAUACAAUUUCCGUCCAUCUGGAUUAUACAAUUUUAACAUAAACUAAUAAUUGAGCUUUUAACGUGAACUCUAUGAACUUUAUAUGCGAUUCAAAUCAGUUUUGCUCACAUGUUAUUAUUAAAUGAUAUGGUGUAAAGUUGACUCGCUGGAUAGAUGGCAAUGGAAUGGUGUGUUUUUUUGACUUGUUAGGUCAUCCUAAAAACACAUGCGGAAAUGAAUAAUGUGAAAUACAGUGGUCUCCCACAGUUAUCAGUGAAAACAGCAAACGAAGGAAGAUUCGUCUUUGCACCGUUUUGUGAGCAAACACUUUACAAUAAGGUUCCAAUUGUUAAUAUUAGUUAACUACAUAAACAAACAAGGAAAAAUACUUCUAAAGCAUUUAUUAGUCUUAAAUUAUGUUGAUUCCAACAUUUACUAAUACAAUAUUAACAUUAACAAGAGUUAUCUAUUAAUGUUAUUGAAUGGACCUGAGCUACCUGAACAAUGAACACUAAACAAAGAUUAAUAAAUACUGUAAUUAUGUAUUGCUCAUUGUUAGUUAAUGUUAGUUAAUGUACUAAUAUAGUUAACAAAUUAAACCUUAUUGUAAAAUGUUCCCUCGUUUUCAUUCUGAACAACUCAUUUUAUCUAGGUACAUGUAUAAUUCGUUUCUCUUCCAACUUAUUUUGAUUUAGAUUUUGUUUUAUUGCACAUUCCACAUUGUAAAUGUCUUGGAUUUUUACCAUUCCAAAGAGGUGUGUCAAUUCAUGCACUUAUGCACUAUUCUAUGCAGUUUUGUAGUAUAAAACACACUGAAAAUUCCAAAAAGGUGCACUUCAAAUACACAGAUGCAGUAUACCAAAGAAAUGUCACUCAAAUGUCAUCUUUAAUUACAUUUAAAGUAAGGAGGGGAUAUCAGACAAAAAUCAUUAUAUAAUUCAUACACUAGAUGGCAAAGUACAAUAAAUGAAUAUUGUAUAGUGCAUCAUUUGGGACACAACUCCUGUUACUGGGUUAGACUAUACUUUGAAGUUUUUAGUCCAUUAAAAUAUAACAU